CACUUCAACAUGGCGGAAAGCAAAGCGGAGGAGUUUGAGAGUUUGGAUCAGAUACUUAAUAAGCACAUUCCUUCUGACGAUUUACAACAUGUAAACAGACUGCUUUAUGGAAACAUGCCGAGUAAGCUGGAAAUACCAGCAGAAGCACUCAAGAUAAGUCAAGAGAAAGAUUUUGAAAUUCAAGGUUAUUGUAUUUCUGCUGCCAGAGAACAAUUACGUACUCCUCGAAUUGUGCGCAUUGGACUCGUACAGAAUAAAAUAGUUUUGCCGACCACAGCACCAGUGGCGGAACAGGUAGAAUCUCUUCAUCGUCGUAUCGGUGACAUUAUAGAGGCUGCAGCACUGUGUGGUGUUAAUAUUGUCUGUUUUCAAGAAACGUGGACUAUGCCAUUUGCUUUUUGCACCAGAGAAAAACAGCCAUGGUGUGAAUUUGCUGAGUCAGCAGAAGAUGGCCCCACAACAAAAUUUUGCCAGGAGAUAGCAAAGAGAUACAAUAUGGUGGUUAUUUCUCCUAUAUUGGAAAGAGACCUGAAUCAUGGCGAGAUCCUUGCUAAUACUGCUGUUAUCAUAUCGAAUACUGGCAAAGUUCUUGGCAAGAGUAGAAAGAAUCACAUCCCCAGAGUUGGCGACUUUAAUGAGUCUACAUACUAUAUGGAAGGUAAUACUGGACAUAGAGUUUUUGAAACGCAGUUUGGUAAAAUUGCUAUUAAUAUUUGCUAUGGUCGUCAUAUACCUAUUAAUUGGAUGAUGUAUGGUUUAAAUGGAGCAGAGAUUAUUUUCUGUCCCGCACGACUGUUGGUGCUUUGAGGUGAAUACAUAUGAACCAAUGUGGCGAUAGAGGGUAGAUGUGCAGCUAUUGCAAAUCAUUGUUUUACAGCCUCAAUCAACAGAAUCGGAACUGAAGUAUUUGCGAGUGAGUUCACCUCUGCUGAUGGAAAGAAAGCCCAUAAGGAUUUUGGACAUUUCUAUUUGUCAUUGAGUCGAACUCGUGAUGGAUUACUAGUAACUGAGAUGGAUUUAAAUCUUAGUCGUCAAGUUAAAGACAAGUGGUGCUUUGUGAUGAAUGGUAGAUUAGACAUGUAUGCAAAAGAGUUGUCUGACGUGACCAAAGAUGAUUAUAAACCCCCUGUAAUCAAAGAAUAAUAACAAAUUAUUAUUAAUUAACAAAUUAUUAUAAAUAUUAAUAUUAUCAUGGGUGUAUUGGAGUUUACCAUUAGAAUCUGCGUGAUGGUUGAAAAACUCUGCAUAUUGCAUAUAUGAUAUCGCUGUAAAUUGUUUUGGGCUUUCCAUAUGUGAGAGGUUUUUAGUUCAAGGCAUUUUCCUCAAAUUUGGCCCCAAUUUGCUGUAGUCAACUUUGAAUAGGACAAUUCCGAUAACUGCAUAAUGACUUGAAGACGAUACUAAAAGCUAUUAAACCAAAACGUUGCUUGAUCAUAUUUACUUGCAUGUACUCAUAUCUAUUGCCUAUACGCAGUGACAAAUAGCGACAACCAAAAAAAGUUAUGUCUUCCAGUUCAGCAAACGUGUGCAUUUUUUUGUAUUACUGGUUCAAGUGACGAUUUAGGAUUUAUUUUUUUAAUGAAAAUAGUAGUCUUGCUAUUUCCUGGUAAGUGACCUCCAUUUGCAGCUAUUUUGAGUGACAAAUUUUAUGAGAUACAAUUUGUAAAGUGUUGAAAAUAUUUGCCACUAUGCAUGGUUUUUCAAUAUUUAACUAUACCCACAAUGCAUCACUGAUUGUACCCAGUAACUACUGGUGAUCUGCUUUCAUAGGUCAUUUGACACAGCGUCCUUUAUUUGUGAGUGUGAAUUUGUAAUUUGCUUUGUAUCAAUAAUUAAAAAAGCUAAUGUGGUGAUGCAAGAAAAAUUAUAAUAAACAUAGCAAUAGUUACUAUGGGAACAAUGUACAUGAAUCACAUUGUGUAAGUGAUAAAAAUGUGUCAUGGUAUCUUUGGUGCUAAGUGAUUAUGUGAAAUGUACAAGUAUAUCAUGCAAUAAAUGACUAUAAACCA